AAUCGGGUUCAGGAUACCCCAGUGGGUAAUUUGGAAUCGAUUUCACUUACCGGGAGAUAACUUGCAAUGGGGAAGUUGAAACCUUUACACCGGUAUUUACGAUGACAAGAAACUACACAGAUUCACCGGAAUUAAUAUCAAUAAGGGAUUUUAGUUUAAAUCACCGAUUAUAUACAUCAAAUUCCUAAUCUGUCGUAUUAAUAGAAGGCAAGGUUUAUUUUUACAACUUAAAAGUUAGACAACAUCAAAGACCUUAUUUAAUAAUUUGAAAACAAUCUAAAUUCGUAUAAAUCAUCAGUUUUAUUAUAGAAACAAGACAAAUAAGUGUAAGAGUUAAAAGCUUUAAGAAAAUUACCUCCCUUAGUUUAUUCAUCACUUCACUGUGUGGAGGUAAGAUUAGUGUAUCAUGUCAACAUAGUUUCGUAACUAAGGUCAACUGUUGACAUUCCUUAAUUCCUCGCACCUUUUAUCCGACCGGAUAUAUUCUUUAUUCGUGUUAUUAUUAUUAUUGAUUCAUCCUAGCAUAAAGCCAACGAAGAUAAUAUGUUUAGAUUAGCUUUAGGGUCACGUAGCUGAACGAAGACUUGUUCUUCUAUGAGAAUCGGAUAUUAGAAGCGAUGUUCGCCAAAAUCACUUUGGCCGGUUCUUUUGUGUUCUUCACAGUUUUGUAUCUUUUGAGAUGGAUGAAACGAAAGAAAUUGAACAUAAAAGGCAAAGUUGUCCUCAUUACUGGAGCGACAUCCGGACUUGGGAAAGCUUGUGCUGAAAUAUUUUACAAAGCUGGCUGUCGAGUGAUUCUAGCUGGCAGGAAUUCAGAAAGGUUAGAGAAAGUCAAAACUGAAUUGGUUGGAUUGAAAGAAGGCUGCAGUGACUACAAACCAGCUAUUUUGCAGAUAGAUUUGUGUGAUUUGGCAUCAAUACCAAAGAAAGUUGCUGAAGCUGUAAGUUUCUAUGACAGAGUGGACAUCCUUAUUAACAAUGCUGGUCAGAGUUAUCGUGGUCAAGUAUUAGAGACAAUUUUAGAUGUUGACCAGAGACUCAUGAUGGUCAACUACUUUGGACAUGUAGCUAUUACAAAAGCUCUUCUUCCUGUUAUGAUAAGUGAAGGAGGUGGACAUAUUAUUGGAAUCAGUAGCAUCCAAGGUAAAAUUGCAAUACCAUAUCGGACCGCAUAUGCAGCAUCAAAACAUGCAUUCCAAGCUUUCUUUGAUAGUUUAAGAGCAGAAGUGUGUGACAAGAACAUCACUGUGAGUGUCUUAAGUCCAAGCUAUAUCCAUACUAAUAUUUCUAUAAAUGCUGUACGUGCCGAUGGAUCACAACAUAAUGUUUUAGAUAACUCAAUUGCAAAAGGAAUGAAAGCAGAAUAUGUUGCUCAACGUAUUCUAGAUAUGGUUCUAUGGAAAGAGCAAGAUGUCUUACUUGGUCCUCUUCAUCACAGAAUUGCCUGCUAUCUACGACCAAUCUUCCCAAAUAUAUUCUUUUAUAUAAUGGCAAAGAGAGCAUUAAAGGAGCGUAAUGAAUUUGAUAAGGAGAAGUAGAGUCCCUCAUAUUUGUUCAUAUAGUUUCCUAAUUCCCUUUCUUUUGCUUAAUAAUAAAAUUUCCUACAAACUGAAAUGACA